GAUGAGGCGUGCCGCGCGGCGCGCUGGCGUGCGGCUCGGCGCGGGCGGCCAUUGGCCCGGCGCGGGUGUGCGCGGUGACGCGCGGCGCGGCGGUGCGGGUCCCGAUUGCUGCAGCCGCUUGUCAGUGUGACGAAGAUUGGCACCCAGGUUCCUGUCCUGCACCUGGUACGUCAGUGGGAUUCACUCUGCCGGGAUGAGAUAAUGGCGUCUUCAACCCACUGAAGGAAGGAGAGGGAAUAGCUGAUCAUACUUAUGAUGAUUUGACAUAAUUAACAUAUUCUUAACCAUGAUGGCAACACAGACAUUAAGUAUAGACAACUAUCAAGAUGGACAACAGAUGCAAGUAGUAACAGAGUUAAAAACUGAACAAGAUCCCAACUGCUCUGAAACUGAUGCAGAAGGGGUGAGUCCUGCCCCUGUAGAAUCUCAAACGCCAAUGGAUGCAGACAAGCAGGCCAUUUACAGGCACCCACUAUUUCCCUUGUUAGCACUAUUAUUUGAAAAAUGUGAACAAUCUACACAAGGCUCAGAAGGCACAACUUCUGCAAGUUUUGAUGUAGAUAUUGAAAAUUUUGUAAGGAAGCAGGAGAAAGAAGGAAAACCCUUUUUCUGUGAAGAUCCAGAAACUGAUAAUCUGAUGGUAAAAGCAAUCCAAGUUCUACGUAUCCAUCUGCUUGAGCUAGAAAAGGUUAAUGAACUCUGCAAGGAUUUCUGUAGUCGCUACAUUGCCUGCCUGAAGACAAAAAUGAACAGUGAAACUCUAUUAAGUGGAGAACCUGGAAGUCCUUAUUCACCUGUGCAAUCUCAGCAAAUUCCAAGUGCCAUUGCAGGCACACUCAGUCCCCAAGGGAUUAUGGUGCCAGCAUCAGCAUUGCAGCAGGGAAAUGUAACUAUGGCAACAGUGGCAGGGGGGACAGUGUAUCAACCAGUCACUGUGGUCACUCCACAAGGUCAAGUAGUGACACAAGCACUGUCGCCUGGGACUAUUCGGAUUCAAAAUUCUCAGCUUCAGUUGCAAUUAAAUCAAGAUCUAGGCAUCUUGCAUCAAGAUGAUGGCUCAUCAAAAAAUAAAAGAGGAGUUCUUCCCAAGCACGCUACAAAUGUGAUGAGAUCUUGGCUUUUUCAGCACAUAGGGCAUCCGUAUCCAACAGAGGAUGAGAAGAAACAGAUUGCAGCACAAACAAAUCUGACACUACUCCAGGUUAACAACUGGUUUAUCAAUGCUAGAAGGCGAAUUCUUCAGCCAAUGCUGGAUUCCAGUUGUUCUGAAACUCCAAAAACAAAGAAGAAAACAGCUCAGAACAGACCAGUUCAGAGGUUCUGGCCUGACUCCAUUGCCUCAGGAGUUGCUCAGCAGCAAUCUAAUGAGCUCACAAUGUCAGAUGGUGCUGUUGUAACAAUUACAGCUCCAGUCAACAUGAAUGUAGACAGUCUCCAGUCCUUGUCAUCUGAUGGUGCUACUUUGGCUGUUCAGCAAGUUAUGAUGGCAGGGCAAAGUGAGGAUGAGUCUGUAGACAGCGGUGAAGAUGAUGGAGGAGAUCUCUCAACGACAAAUAUCAGUGGGCUGGUUUUGGAUAACAGCGAUUCUCUGCAGUAGGAAGCAAGAGAGUGUGACAAAACGUUUAGGAAAAAGAAUGGACUGACUGACUGUUUUUAUAGUUUGCACAGCAAACAUUUUACACAAGUUUUAUUUCUAAUAUGUUUUAUAUGUAGAUAUAGAAGGGUGCACUUUUUUGUAUUUCAUAGUAAGCUUAAAGAGUGUUUUUGCAGGUGCAGCAACUUCUUUCAAAUGUGUUUUUCAUUUCUUUUCUUAUUUCAGAAAAUUAUAUCUAAUAAUAUAAAGAACCACGUAAGCACCCCUUUAUUCUCUGAAUUGGAAGUGCUGCAGUUUCUAAAGAAUUAUGCAGUUUCAAUUAGUGCUGUUAUUUAACACAGCUCUCGAUGGGCAGGUGAUGUAAAUUUAAAGCAUGUGACACUAGUGUGUGGAAAUUGAUCAUUAAGUUUGACGCGUAUAUUUGAAAGAUGCUUCUGCACCUUAAAAACUGCUAGUCUGAGGUGGACAGCAACACACACAAAAAGAAAAUGGUGAUGUGUGAUUCGGUAGCGAAUGUAUGGCAACUUAAAUAAGUUUAGUUUCUCUCAUAGUCCGUGAGCCUGUUUAUCAUUUGCUAUAAAAACUCCUAUUUUUACCUUGCCGGGAUUAUUGGAUAAAAAAUAUUUUUAUAAAUUCAUUAGGAAUUGGGAUGACGACUGUAUUACGCAGGAGGGAAAAAAAAAAAAGAAUUUCCAGAGGGGAAAAAUAAAUGUUUAGUAUUCCUAUUUGGAAGGUCUGAAAACUGACCAAAUUUAAUAAACAAGCCUAUACUAGCGUUCUAUGAUUCUCAGCUAUCCCACAGUGAUAUAGUAUAUUUGAUAAUAGCAUAAGAAGGGCCCACUGUUUGAUGGGAUUUUGAUAUUGUCAAACAUUGAUUUAUAUUAUGUGUAAACUAAUAUUCAAAUUACAUUAACUCUGUAUCUAGA